UCUCGCGAGAUUCUCUGUGCUUUGGAACAGCUGACUGUGCUGUGGGUGUUGUGCGAGAUUGCUUACUUCGAGUUGAUAGCAAAACAGUCGCUAGAUAGCGGUUUGAAUUUUUGUGCUGUUUAGGCGCUGAUAAUCAUUUACAUCACAACAUGGCUGAGACGGACCCCAAAUCGGUGCAGGACCUUACCAAUGUGGUUCAGACUCUGCUGCAACAGAUGCAGGACAAGUUCCAGACCAUGUCAGACCAGAUCAUUGGAAGGAUUGAUGAAAUGAGCACACGUAUUGAUGACUUGGAAAAAAACAUUGCUGACCUGAUGACCCAGGCUGGUGUUGAGGAGAUCGAGGCAACACCAGAAAAAGCUAAAGAGGGUCAAGGAUCAUAAUGAAGGUUCCUAAAUCACAAGGUGUGAAGUCGGUCCUGUAUUCAGGAGCAGCAGACUUUCCAUUCUGAAAAUGACUAAUAUUGAUUUGGUGUGUCGUUAUGUGAAAUGCUUUUUUAUAUAUUGUGAAACGGUUAUGUAAUGACUUGAAAAUUUGAACGUUACUUGUAAGCUAGAAUAGUGUGACAUGCCCUUCAGCACCUCAAGUGCUCAUGUGCAGGAUUGCAGAUUUAGCGUACUAACCUGGAGGUUAUUUUCAUAUACAUGUAUAUCAGUAAUUGAAGUCCUUGACACGAAAGCAGACAGUGAUGGUUUUGCCCUAGCCUCUGGUGAGGACUAAAACUUGCAGGCUAACAGGUUAGUAGAACCUCCAAUCCAAUGUCCGCACCAACAUGGUGCAGCGAAUCUCUAAAGCUAGCAGUGUUUCACAAUGAGCACUGUUACAACCAUUGUGUGGGAUGCAUUCCAAUCCUGAUAGUCUUCUAUUAAAGCUAUUUAAUACACAGCUGUUUGUCAUGUAUGGUCAAUAUUUGAAAAGAGGAGUGCACUAUGAAGUGAGAUUAGUGAGUUAUUGGAGUCUGUCAAGCUUAAAGUCAGUUUUCUGUUAUGAAAACUGACUUUAAGACAAGUGGCUCUUUUAACCUAAGUCACUAUGGUCACUUAACCGGAAGCCAUAAGCCGCUCGGCAGCAGGUUAUGUUCAGAGUUUCAGUAAAAAAAAAAAAAAUCCAUAUUUUCAGAGUUUUUUCUUUUAUUCAUAGCAUUUUUAAAAAGUGUGAUAUAUACACAUGUUGGGGGAAUAAGUUUUAUAUGUCCCAAGUUGUUAAGCUGCACUUUAGUGGAACCACUAAAUGUAAUCCCCUGACGAUGACUUAUGUAUGUGCAUGUUUAUUUAAGUGAAGCAAAAAAAAAAAAAAAAAAGUAGAAAUGUUACACUUCAUUCCAUCUCUUUCCUGUUUAUCCAGUUCAGAUGUGUGUGUGGGGGAGACUGGAGCCUAUCCCAACUAUUUAGUACAGCGGUGUCAAACUCCAGGCCUCGAGGGCCGGUGUCCUGCAGGUUUUAGAUGUGUCCUUGAUCCAAAACAGCUGAUUUAAAUGGCUGAAUGACCUCCUCAGCAUCUGAAGGUCUCCAGAGGCCUGAUAAUGAACUAAUCAUUUGGUUCAAGUGUGUUGACCAAUGGUGAGAUCUAAAACCUGUAGGACACCGGCCCAUGAGGCUGGAGUUGGACACCCCUGAUUUAGUACAACUGCAGCUACCAGCAUACAGACCCCACACAAAGAGUACUAAUGUGAAAUUCAUUUCACAUCAACCUGCUGACAAAUGAAAGUGAUUUGUGCAUCUCCUGUGCAUCAGGCACAUUUAAUGUAUCCAGUCUAAAAGACUCAGAACUAUUUCUGAGGUGACAGCCCCAAAAUCACACUCGGCAAUAACAUAAUAAAUUCUAAUGUUUACCACUUUAUGCACCAAAUCCAAUUUUUACACCAUCUGAUAACAUCUCAGAUUGGAGUAGAUGGCACUUGGAUCAUUUUGUGUGGAACAAAGAGUCCUGAUGCAUGAAACACCUUUUUACACGAUCGCGCACUGAGCUGAAAGCAGAAAGCCAGACUUGAAGGUUGCUAACCGA